UGCAAAAGCUGUUGUGUUUCUGAAACCACCAAAAAAGCAUCAGCACAAGAAUCAAGAUACACUUAUCCAUGGAGGUCUCCGCCGAACUCCGGGUGCAUAGCCCAUAUUCGCUGGUACUGGCGGCCGCGGCCUGCUUGAUGGCGUUUGGCAAGCUGCCCGGCUGCGGGGUGCUGGCCGUGAAGAACGAUGAUGCCGUUGCAACAGCACGCGCUGCUGAGAAACACGAGCAAGCAACGCGGGAGAUGGAGUUGACCACGGGUGGAAGCCAAAGGGAGCUGCGUGACGUGCCCGAAGAUGAUGAUGGCGCUCCGCGCGACCAUGCGGAAGCGGGAGCGGAUGCUUCGCUUCUUGACGUGCGGGAAGGAACUUCUACGUGGCGCGAAGGACCAGCAGAAUCUCCUACAUCGGGAUCACACGGGAUACACCACACUAAACACGUGGACCUGAUGAGUGGAGAAGAAUCACUGUACAUGGGGAAGACCGGGAAAAACGCGAUUCCCCUAGAGAAUGGUGUCGCCUGCGUUGUAGGAGAUGACGACGUCCGGAAUAAGGAAUGGAGCAAAGAGGAGGUCUUCAAUCUUAUCGACAGGUCAAGAAAGAAGCAUAGGGGGCGGAUGGGACAAGUUGCCGCGGCCCUGCAUUUGUCCCACGCCAUCAAAGAUGAAACUGAACUUGUAGUGACAGCAGGCGGUAGUGAAGGAGUGCUUGCUCACGAAGUUUCUGUCAGGAGGGGGUUGUCGAAAACAAAGGAGAGGCACGUGGUCUACGUGAAAACUUGAACGUGCAAAGCAGAAAACGACCUUCGUGAAUUCAACCUGUUGCACUUCGUUAAGACGCAGAGCCACGAAUACUUCAAGUUGAAGGUUGCUGGACACACUUUUCGCUUCAGAACGCAAUAUCGUUUAACAAUGGACUCGCGGCACUACCUCGACCAUGGCGCUGGAAAAGUGAUGCAUGGCAACGAUUCUUUGUACAGCAAGGUCCUGAAGUCAUCGUGGAGAGACAGGGGGCUCCGUAUUCCGAAAAAGACUACAGGGGACUCCGUAUUCCGAAGUACAUCUCGCGUGACCAGCAAGGACGUACGCGAUUGGGCAAAAGCGCAAGGGAUAGAGGUACAAGUAAUUCGCAGAAAUUUCCAUCGUCAUUGCGAAGGACCUCCCGGAACUUAAGUGAACAUGCUUUCAGUUACCUAUUGCGCUUCUGGUGAUGCUGUAGUGGUUAAUUUGUGAAAAAAAAUUGUUAGAUUAAGUCCCACGAUCUGGUCUUGACUGACGAUCUUGGAGAAAGUGGAGUGCUUGCACAUGUGGUCGAACGGGAGCAUCGCCUGCCGGAACCGCAUGUCAUCUAUGCGCAUGUGGACGUGAGUAUGGAUCCGGAUACCAAGAACUAUCGACAGAAUCAUGCGCUUACCGAGGAAGUGCUUACCGAGGAGGUGCUUACCGAGGAGGUGUGGGAACCAGAAUCCGAAGGCGACUAUUUUCAUUUUGUAUUAGCUCGAGCCCACCCGCCCCGCCACUACGUUCCGAAUUUUUCCAGGGAAGACAUAUACCUUGUGAAGCGCGUCGGCACAUACGACGCCAAAACAAAGGACAUAGACUUCGUAUCUUCUUCUAAAAAGUCGAUCCACAACCCAGACCAUCAGGCAAACGAAGACGGCGCAUCAUUUUCGUCGCUGGAACUCCAGGGCAGGAGCACGAACGAAAUUACCGGGGAGGAGGCGCAUGGGACCAAGCUGCACGCGCUGGACACGGACAAACCGGUCUUGCUCGAAGAUGGAGCCGAGUUUGCGGCCACCGAUGAGGCGGUUCCGGAGCUGGACGAGGGGGUGGUCGAUUUGCGCUGAAACGUGGUGUAAAUAGCAGCGCACGCGCUGCGGAUCGGGGCCGGGGGAGGAUCAAGUUUGUCUUGCUGCGUUGAUUCCACGCGAGACGAGGUAAGUGCAAGUCGAAGCGACUGGUCUCGUGUUUUUGCUGUGGUCGCGUCGCGUGGAUUUUAGAUUUUUUUAGAUUGUCGGAUGUUGCAAGACAUACCAUCAGAGCGAAUGCGCUGCUCGCAUACAAACAAACUGAAAGUGUAGCACUUUUUGAAAAGUUUUGAAAC